AUAUCUUAAAAAAUUUUUACUUAAUUUUUAGGUGACAAUGACAGGAGAUUACAUUUUGGCAGUCACUACUAAUAUGUUAGCUAAACUGCGAAAUGAUGAUAUCACUCUUACACUCAGUCAGGUCGUGACAGAUCUAGUGCAGGGUGAAUUUAUGCAGCUUGGCUCGAAGGAAACAGAGAAUGAGAGAUUCGCACAUUAUCUUACGAAAACAUAUCGUAAGACAGCUAGUUUAAUCGCUAAUACUUUGAAAGCUGAAGCUAUGUUAGCUGAUGCUAAUGAUCAAUUGGCUGAAUUAGCCUUUCAAUAUGGUAGAAAUAUUGGUUUAGCGUUUCAAUUAGUCGAUGAUCUUUUAGAUUUCGUAUCGACUUUACCAACAAUGGGUAAACCUACUGCAGCGGAUUUGAAAUUAGGUCUUGCAACUGCUCCAGUUCUUUUCGCUUGUGAACGGUAUCCAGAAUUGAAUGCAAUGAUCAUGCGUCGAUUUCAAGAACCAGGAGAUGUUGAAAAAGCAUUUGAAUUAGUGCACAAAUCGCAAGGACUCGAACAUACAAGAUUUUUAGCGCGAAAACAUUGUAUUGAAGCUAUGAAACUUGCACAAUCUUUAGCUGAAAGUCCCUAUCAAAAAGGUUUGCAAGUAGUUUGCGAUUUAGUAUUGAAUCGUACGAAGUAGCGAUAUAAAAAUCGUGAUAGAAAUGUAAAUGUGUAUGGAAGUAAAAAAU